UGUGCCUCAUAUUUCUUUAUGUGGGCCGACCAACACAUUUGGGCCCAGAACAAGAAGAACUCUACUUUGUUCCAGCGCGGCGAGAGAUUCCAUCCGUUGACUUCGCUCACACCUGACGUCAAAAAUAGCAAGGUCACCUCGCUGCCACCAAUCCAUGCAUGCGCGCCAAGAAUAGCACCCAUCGCUCGCUACAAGAACACAUCGACCGAUGCUAAUGCGUAGCGAUCGACGAGUGCUCGACAAGAUGUGCCGCCACGCCAUGGUGAGGAUCCACGCCGCCGUGCUCUGCCUCCUGCUGCUCUUCUCCGGCCGCCCCGCCGCGGCGAGCAAAACCUUCGGCAGCGACUCCACCGCGCCCAAGGACGAGUCGUUGACACCGACGCCAGAGUCGCCGUCGGAGUCUGCCCCGGCGAUCGGGCAAUCCGAGACCCCGGCGGCGUCGGGUGAGGGUUCCUCUUCAACCGACCUAGCGAACGGCACACCGUCCUCGGCUGAGUCUCCAGAUGAACCGACGGAUGGGCUGAACGAGAAGGCCAUCAACGACAUUGUGAAAGAGCACAACGUGUUCCGCGCCAAGGAGCACGUACCACCGCUCCAGUGGAACGCGACGCUGGCCAAGUUCUCGCAGCAGUACGCGGAGCAGCUGAAGGGAGAGUGCAAGAUGGUGCACUCGACGUCGCCGUACGGGGAGAACCUCAUGCUCGGCACGGGCGCCGUCACGUGGAAGACCACGGUGGACAUGUGGAGCGCAGAGAAAGAGAGCUACCACUACGGCUCCAACACCUGCGACCCCGGCAAGAUGUGCGGCCACUACACCGCCGUCGUCUGGAAGGGCACCACCGCCGUCGGAUGCGGCCGCGUCAAGUGCAACAACGGCGACACCAUGAUCGUCUGCAGCUACUGGCCGCCAGGGAACUACGACGGCGUCAGGCCCUUCUAA